AUGUAUCCGACCGUCGCACCAUUUCCCCCGGGUCAACCGCACCGCAUACACCACCACACUGACACCAAUCAACACAUGUACGAUGCGAACGACUCACAACUCCCCGUACGCAACGACCCCUCCAAACCUUUCUUCAAUCCAAUAUCGCGAUCGCGCAUCCAACUACCUCAUCCCGUUCAACGCUUCGAUCCCCGCGAUGGCUCAGGCUAUAGUUCUGGCGCAAAUGGGGCCGAACACUCCUUAAGAAGGAAAACCCCCAACGGAACUUUGGCUGCGGGGUAUGAUGGGUCCCUCGGCGAUACUGUUCAGCCACCAGCGUCCAAGCACAUCUUGGUUUCGCCGAUGGAACCAGGCCAGUUUAUUUCCGCUCAACCAGGGAUGCAGUCUGAGAACUGGCAGCUCAUGUCAGACCAGUCGGCGACAAAACAAAUGAAUUUUCCCCCGGUCUUCAAAAAUGACCCCGCAGGCAAUACAAUUGCAGGAGAAGUCGUUCAAGAUGUGCAUGGGACGAGCUGGGUUCGUCCUGUCAAUUAUCCUCCGGGUGUUGACUCCAUGUUGAACCAGUCCUUGCCUAUGCACCAGAGAUUUCUCUUACAGAAUGGGCAAUAUGUGCCCACAGUCCUACCGGCAACCCUACAAUCGUGUCUCGGACCAACUGCUUCGGCGGGUACUGGGCCAUUCGGUCCAUAUUGGCCGGAUGGAGUCUACAUCCCAUACCGUCCUGCGGCCUUUCGUGAUGCGCGUUUUGAAUCUCCGGUGCCUUUUACAAAGCAGUUGAGCCAGUCUUUCUAUGACCUCAACCAGCCAACCUUUAACCAAGCUCAGGUUCCGCUAGGCAGCCACGCAGAUUCGGGGCUCCCAUGGGGCCACUCCAUGUCUGGUUUGCCUACUCAGGAUCCUUUGAUGAAACCUCUUUUUCCACCACGUCACUCUGACCAACUACCUUUCCACACCCGAGCCAACCGCUCUGUGUCAGGCCUCCCACCGCCAUCGAACAAUGAGCCUACAAAUUGGCCAAGCCGCCCAUCACUACAUGGAUUCCAACCUCCAGGUCCUGCAGUAGUAGUGAAUGCGGAUUUCAAGGAGAAGGUCCUAUCUGAGGCUCACGCCGUCUAUGUCGACCUGCUCGCAACCAUCCACCAGGCUCGCCGCAACAGCAUUAGCAACGCUGCCGCUGAGGGCUACCCCCGAUUCUUGAAGCCGAGUAUCUACCCCAAGCCUCCACGGCAACCAGGUCUUGACUUUUCACAAGCCCCUCCACCCGACCUUACACGCAACAACAGUUACCCGGCUAGUCAAUAUGACUUGCAACGCCAGAAACUUGAUGCCGUAGGCGGCCAUGGAUCGAAUGAUCCUAUAUCUCUUACUCGUGCCAACACUCGCCGCCCAUCUUUAAAUCAAUUCGUGCAUAGCAGAGGGUCCGAUACCCAUAUGCUCGGAUUGCGUGAUGCGAGCGGUACUCCAGGAGUGUCGCCUUUCACCAGGGCUCGUGGCUCUCUUUUCAAUGAGGGCUCGCCUAUGUCUAAUGCUGCAUCUGCUUUGUCAAUGCUGUCUGACUUGUGUGCAGAAAGCCGUUGGGAAUGGAUUGACGGCAUGCUUCUUGGGGGUUGUUUAGCCUAUGGCUUGGGUGAUUAUCACAAAGCCGUACGAUGGUACUCCAGGAUCAUAGCUCGUGACUCGACACACGUGGAAGCUAUCUCCAAUCUUGCUGCCACCAUGCUGGCACUCGAUCGCAGAGAGGAGGCUUCGCAACACUGGCUGCGCGCCGUGCAACUACGGCCGAGCUUCUUUGAGGCUGUCGAACAUCUGAUUGGCUUACUAUGCAGUAGCCACAGAGGCAAGGAAGCUGUCAACAUUAUUGAUUUUGUUCAAAGUUCCCUUCGUCACCCUAAAGACGGCGAUUGCUUUAAGACAGAUGAACACGCUAGCGAACCCGAGAGUGACGCUGAGAGCAACAUGUCCGAUGUGUGCAUGUACGACAAAGCGUCUUUCGAGUAUGAUGAUGACAUGGGACGAACACAGGGAUUGGAACCUGUUUCGCCGGAGGCCAAACCUCUUGGUUUUGCGACCAGUGGGUAUGCAAUUUCAGGUGCGGAGAACGGGAGAAUGCUAGCUCUAGUCCAUGCCAAAGGUAAUAUGCUCUAUGGCCUUGGUGACAAUGCAGGUGCUGCAGCUGCAUUUGAGGAUGCCGUUCUCAUCGCUGCUGGUCGAAGGCGACAUGGCAUCCGAAGCAUCAUCAAACAGAUUUUCGCUGCCUUUUCUAGCGGGGCGAGUAAUGUAUAUCCUCAAUCCGAGAAUGAGUCUCAGGAGAGCAUUUUACUCUAUCCCGAUACAGCAUCGAAAACAGCUAAACUUGUUUUCCCGGCAAGUGGUAUGCCGCCAGGGCUUCAGUAUGUCCCGGAAGGUAUUGCUCGCAAUGCAGCCACUUCCACUACUAGCAAUUCUCUGCUUUCAUUGGCCAAAAUUUACCAAGAUGGCAUGUCCAGCGUGGGUGCCUCAGGAGCAACCAGGUCUUCCCCUGGUGUCCGGGAUAUUUUGGCCCUCUAUUAUCUAUCCUUUUCCCUUCAGCCUAGCCCAUCUACUGCCAAUAAUGUUGGCAUUUUGCUGGCUGGCAUUCAAAACAAUCCGCCGGCAAGAGGGCUAGCGCGUUCUGGUGAGACUCAGCACCACGUUGAGAUCCCCGGAGUGGUCCCCGGGAGUGGUAUAUCCCUCGCUUUGGCAUACUACAAUUAUGGCUUACAACUUGAUUCGCGACAUGCCCAUUUGUAUACCAAUCUCGGCAGUCUGCUCAAGGACAUCGGGCAGCUCCACGCCGCCAUCAAGAUGUACGAGCAAGCGGUUCGGUUUGAUGGCAACUUCGAUAUCGCCUUGGCGAACCUAGCCAAUGCUGUCAAGGAUAGUGGUAAGGUCAACGAUGCCAUUGUAUACUACAAGCGCGCUGUUAAGGUAAAUCCCGAGUUUGCCGAGGCAGUUUGCGGAUUAGCAAAUGCCUUGAAUUCUGUCUGCAACUGGGUUGGUCGUGGUGGCGUCGUCAACGCCCGUGGCUUCCGAGAUCGAUGGCAUGUUGAUGAAAAAGGGAUGCUUCGGGAUUCCCUCGGCACAGACACGGGCUCUGGAUGGAUCAAACGGGUAGUGGACAUUGUCGACCGACAGCUCAAAGAAGGCGAAUAUUGGGGCCGCGGCAUGUUGACUGCGAGCACGGCGGAGCAAUUGUGCCUGCAACUGGCCCCUGCUUUGGAGUCUACUCGCUUUGCUUCUAGUCAUCGCAUGUCUUUAACAAAGAUUUUCCAGUCGUGGGCAGGGAAGAAAUGGGAAGGGUCUCGAAUUGUACGACUUAUCGAGCGAGCUAUCCGCUCUCUCACCUGGCAGUGGUAUCAAGAUCGCUAUGUCUUCGGCAAAGAUUAUCCUCUUUCCAAGUAUCGUCGACCUCAACUCCCUGGAGCUCUUUCUGCCCCGAACGCACCUACCGUUCUGCCUUUCCAUACCUUCACUUGUCCCCUGUCGGCGAAGCAAAUUCGUCAGAUCUCCGAGCGCAAUGGACUGCGAAUUUCAACAUCCACACUGAGACUCCCGUGGCUGCCAAAUACUGUCUUCCCUCCACCGUCUCCGCCUACUCCGUUCCUUCGAGUUGGUUAUGUGUCAUCAGACUUCAACAACCAUCCUCUCGCACAUCUUAUGCAGUCUGUGUUUGGGCUGCACGAUCCCUCCCGCGUCAAGUCAUACUGUUACGCUACGACCCCGAGUGACAAAUCAGUCCAUCGCCAGCAGAUUGAGAAAGAGGCUCCCGUAUUUUACGAUGCGAGUGGAUGGCCGGUCGAUCGACUAGUUCAGCAGAUUGUUGCGGAUGGGAUUCACAUCCUGGUCAACUUGAACGGCUACACACGAGGUGCCCGAAAUGAGGUCUUCGCUGCACGUCCCGCGCCUAUUCACAUGUCAUUCAUGGGCUUUGCUGGCACCCUCGGUGCAGAGUGGUGCGACUACAUCCUUGCUGAUAAACUUUCUAUUCCACCGGAGACAUUGAGCCCCGGCCGACGCACAACACGGAUCGAGGACCGUCUCCUGGAAGAAGACAAUGGCGAGGAACUUGAAGACUGGGUUUACGGCGAGAAGAUUGUUUUUACCCGCGACACCUUUUUCUGCUGUGAUCACCGACAGAGUGCCCCUGAUGCUGGCGAAAAACACGUAUCAUGGGAGGAAGAGCAAUCCCGGCGCUGGAGAAUGCGCAAAGAACUAUUCCCCAAGUUGAAUGACGAUACUAUCAUCUUGGGUAAUUUCAAUCAGUUGUACAAGAUUGAACCUACGACGUUCCGAACAUGGCUGCGCAUACUAGCGCGAAUCCCCAACGCUGUUCUCUGGCUCCUCCGCUUCCCAGACACAGGCGAACAAAAUCUGCGAGAUAUCGCCAAAGCCUGGGCUGGCGAGGAGACAGCAUCCCGGAUCAUCUUCACAGAUGUAGCCCCAAAAAACACACACAUCGCGCGAGCGAAGAUCUUAGACUUGUUUCUUGACACGCCAGAAUGCAAUGCCCACACCACAGCUACAGACGUCCUCUGGAGCGGCACCCCGUUACUUACUCUCCCGCGCUACAAGUACAAAAUGUGCUCUCGCAUGGCGAGCAGUAUUCUCAGUAGCGCGCUCCCCAACUCUGAGGCUGGCCAGCGCGCCCGUGAAGAUCUCAUCGCCUCCUCCGAUGAAGACUACGAGAAUAAGGCUAUCCGCCUGUGUCUGGAUCUGCAGUACUCUGGUCACGAGGGCUAUGCCCGCGGCCGGCUAGUGGAUAUACGGCAGAUGCUGUUCCGGGACCGCUAUAAGAAUAAGCUCUUCGAUACAGCGCGCUGGGUGCGCGAUCUCGAGAAUGCUUAUGAGGCUGUCUGGGCGCAAUGGGUUAACGGCGAAGAAGGUGAUAUCUGGUUAUGA